AUGAGCUCCCUAAACUACUCUCCUCCUGUUAAAGAAGAUGAGGUCUGCUGGACGGAGAAAGAGGGUCUGUGGCUGAACAUUGUUGUGAAAGAGGAGAAGGAAGAGGAGGAUGUUACAACGUCAAUUGUUGUACAACAUCAUGUUGGCAUCACCUUUUACAGUGGACUUCUGCUGUUGUGGGCCUUUAAUCAUCUGUCUGACUUUGUUGUUCACACAGGAGAGAUCCGGGACUAUCGUGGAUCCUCUGGGGAGCCUCAACAACCUCAUGAUGCUGACAAGGCAGAGAAGAGUCUCUCUAGAUCAGAACACCUCAAAAAACGCCUGCAGAGAUCCACAGGGAAGAGAACUCACUGCUGCUCUGACUGUGGGAAGAGUUUCACCUCAUCAGGCAUUAAAAUUCAUCAGAGAAUCCACACAGGAGAGAAACCUUAUAGCUGUAAUCAAUGUGGGAAGAGUUUUGUUCAAUCUGGCUCUCUGACUUUACACCAGAGAACACACACAGGAGAGAAACCUUAUAGCUGUGAUCAAUGCGGGAAGAAUUUUGUUCAAUCUGGCCAGCUGACUUUACACCAGAGAACACACACAGGAGAUAAACCUUAUAGCUGUGCUCAAUGUGGGAAGAGUUUUACUGCAUCUAGCUAUCUGACUUCACACCAGAGAACACACACAGGAGAGAAACCUUUUAGCUGUGCUCAAUGUGGGAAGAGUUUUACUGCAUCUAGCUCUCUGACUUCACACCAGAGAACACACACAGGAGAGAAACCUUAUAGCUGUGCUCAAUGUGGGAAGAGUUUUACUACAUCUAGCUAUCUGACUCCACACCUGAGAACACACACAGGAGAGAAACCUUAUAGCUGUGUUCGAUGUGGGAAGAAUUUUUCUACAUCUUGCUAUCUGACUUCACACCAGAGAACACACACAGGAGAGAAACCUUAUAGCUGUGAUCAAUGUGGGAAGAGUUUUGUUCAAUCUGGCCAGCUGACCCGACACCAGAGAGCACACACAGGAGAGAAACCUUAUAGCUGUAAUGAAUGUGGGAAGAGUUUUACUAGAUCUGGCUAUCUGACUUCACACCAGAGAACACACACAGGAGAGAAACCUUAUAGCUGUAAUCAAUGUGGGAAGAGUUUUACUAGAUCUGGCUAUCUGACUUCACACCAUAGAACACACACAGGAGAGAAACCUUAUAGCUGUGACCAGACUUAAUCUGGUAAAAUCUCA